GGCGGCGGCGGCGGAGGUGGCGGUGGCGGUAGUCGGAGGCGCGGCGGGCGCUGCCGCCGAAGCGGGCAGAGCUGCGCGCCGCAGCCGCGCGAGUGGCGGCCGGGGCUGUCCCGUCUUCUGCCCGCCGCUCCCUUCAUGAGUCGCAAGUUCGGGCCGGGAGGAGCAGCAGCGGCAGCGGUGGUGGGACGGCGGGAGCCCGACCGGGCAGGCGGCACCGACUGAGCAUGGCCGAGCGGCGCGGGCCGGCGGCGAGCGGCGGCGGGGCAGUAGGCGAAGGGCGGCGGGCGGCCGAUGGUCGGUGCCCGUGGCUGCCGCUGCCGGUGCUGCUGGUGCUGUGGGCGGCGGUGCUGCCGGCCGGGGGCCAGCCGCCGGCUCCGCAGGACAACGGUGAGCGGGGUAUCUCCAUCCCGGACCACGGCUACUGCCAGCCAAUCUCCAUCCCGCUUUGCACAGACAUCGCCUACAACCAGACCAUCAUGCCCAACCUGCUGGGCCACACCAACCAGGAGGACGCGGGACUGGAGGUGCACCAGUUCUACCCGCUGGUGAAGGUGCAGUGCUCGGCCGAGCUCAAGUUCUUCCUCUGCUCCAUGUACGCUCCGGUGUGCACCGUGCUGGAGCAGGCCCUACCGCCCUGCCGCUCCCUCUGCGAGCGGGCCCGCCAGGGCUGCGAGGCCCUCAUGAACAAGUUCGGCUUCCAGUGGCCCGACACGCUGCGCUGCGAGAAGUUCCCGGUGCACGGGGCCGGCGAGCUCUGCGUGGGGCAGAACGCCUCCGAGCGCGGAACCCCCACGCCCGCCCUGCGCCCCGAGAGCUGGACCAGCAACCCUCACCGAGGGGGCACCGGCGGCGGCACCGGGGGUGCGGGGCCCGGCGAGCCCCGGGGGCGCUUCUCCUGCCCGCGGGCACUGAAGGUACCCUCCUACCUGAACUACCGCUUCCUGGGGGAGAAGGACUGCGGGGCGCCCUGCGAGCCCGGCCGACUCUACGGUCUCAUGUACUUCGGGCCAGAGGAGCUGCGCUUCUCCCGCACCUGGAUCGGCAUCUGGUCUGUGCUCUGCUGCGCCUCUACCCUCUUCACCGUCCUCACCUACCUGGUGGACAUGAAGCGGUUCAGCUACCCUGAGCGGCCCAUCAUUUUCCUCUCGGGCUGCUACACGGCAGUGGCUGUGGCCUACAUCGCCGGCUUCCUUCUGGAGGAGAAAGUGGUCUGCAACGAGCGCUUUGCCGAGGACGGCUCCCGAACUGUGGCACAGGGCACGAAGCGGGAGGGCUGCACCAUCCUCUUCAUGAUGCUCUACUUCUUCGGCAUGGCCAGCUCCAUCUGGUGGGUCAUCCUCUCGCUCACCUGGUUCCUGGCUGCCGGCAUGAAGUGGGGCCAUGAGGCCAUUGAGGCCAACUCCCAAUACUUCCACCUGGCCGCCUGGGCUGUGCCAGCCAUCAAGACCAUCACCAUCCUGGCCCUGGGGCAGGUGGACGGAGAUGUCCUCAGUGGUGUCUGCUUUGUGGGCAUCAACAAUGUGGAUGCCCUACGGGGCUUCGUACUGGCCCCCUUGUUCGUCUACCUGUUCAUUGGCACCUCCUUCCUGCUGGCUGGCUUCGUGUCCCUCUUCAGGAUCCGGACCAUCAUGAAGCAUGACGGCACCAAGACAGAGAAGCUGGAGAAGCUCAUGGUGAGGAUAGGCAUCUUCAGUGUCCUUUACACGGUGCCGGCCACCAUUGUCAUUGCCUGCUAUUUUUACGAGCAAGCUUUUAGGGAACAGUGGGAGAGGAGCUGGGUCACGCAGAGCUGCAAGAGCUAUGCCAUCCCCUGCCCCAACAACCACAGCAGCCACCACCCACCCAUGAGCCCCGACUUCACUGUCUUUAUGAUCAAGUAUCUCAUGACCUUAAUCGUGGGCAUCACCUCGGGCUUCUGGAUCUGGUCCGGGAAAACACUGAACUCCUGGAGGAAGUUUUACACAAGGCUCACCAACAGCAAGCAGGGCGAGACCACCGUCUGAGACCACUGCUUGCCGUGAUGGGGGGAUGGCAGGCGGGAAGCCGGCUGGAGGACCGGGGCUCUGCCCUGGGAAGCGGCUCCUUAGCCAGCCUGGGCAAACUUUGGGGAAGGCCCCAUGUUUGGGGCCGCUGGGCUUUGCCCUCCCGGCUCUGCUCAGGCAGUCUCCUAUAGGAAGUGAACGCACUGUCAGGUUGGGGGAGAGGGAUGUAAAUAGCCUCUGUAAGAUUUUGUAAGUAUAUUUGUAUUUAAAUUACAAAAA